CUUCCCGUCCCGUCGCUCGUGAAACCAGAUAGUUCUUAACCGGGUGACUAUGGCCUCACUCAUUGCAAAGCAUUUAGGACGAAUCGCUGCUCGUGAAUUGCGUUUUUUGAACACUGCUCAUCGAGGAUAUCCACCUCCGAGUUUGCGCUGAUCACUGAGAAAUAGCCAUGGGUCGCAAGAAGCUCCCAAUGAAGAAAAUUGAUGAUCAUUCGGGUCGUGUGAUACGGUACUCAAAGCGUAAAGAUGGGAUGGUCAAGAAGGCCUCUGAAUUAUCAAUCUUAUGUGAUGCGGAAAUUGGCUUGCUGAUGUUUUCUCCUACUGGUAGAUUAACCAGUUUUGCUAGCAAUGGAAGGAUUGAGGACAUCUUUCUUCGUUACGUUGACUGUCCUGCUGAUUUGCAAGGAGGACGUGUUGAUAAUGAAGAGUACUUGAUCCAGAGGCUAAUGCAUUUGAACUUUGAACACAAAAUGCUGGACAAGAUAAUGAAGAUGGAGGAUCUUGAAGAGAAGCUACAAGAGCUAGACCAGCAAAAACUCAAGGCACAAGAAAAGAUGAGGUCUUAUAAUCUGGAUGCCGAUAGCAUCACCUCAGUUCAUGAUGCCCAGGCAAUCGAGAAAACCCUUGUUGAGGCUAUUCAACGUGUAGAACAACUAAAAGAAAAAUUGCUCGCCACCACCGAAGCUCCUCGAGAGCAUGAGACAAUUAAGGUACUGGACACCGACGUCAAAGAUGCAGAUAUGGGUGUUGAAGUGUCUGCAAAUGCUAGCAAUUUCAGGAAUUCAUCGGGAGUUCAAGAAGCAUCUCCACCGAUUGGUCCUCACCUAAGCAUUGACUUCUUAAAAGAACAAAGGUACUGGAACCUCCAAAGUGGUGGGCAGACAUCAAUGACUUAUGACUUAAACAUCUAAAAGCCCAAGUGCUCCAGCAAGGACUUCUAUGCUCAAUAUAUCUUUAGUAGAAAAAGACUGAAGACAGUUGCAAUGAAAAGACAAAUAUAUUGUUUCUUGCAGUUAUUGAGUAUUUCUUGUUUGAUACUUAUGAAUGCUGAAUGAAUUGCUUUUGGAGAUUGGUAUAUGAUGGUUUAUAAAAACUUUGUGCAAAUUUCAGUUUUUUCAAA